AUGGCGUGGCAAGCGGAGGAAAGCACGCUGGCGCAGCUGGCGGGGUAUCUCAACGACACCUUGAAUGCGCGAGAUCAAGCAGUGCGCAAAAACGCAGAGCAGAUGCUCACACAAGCUACAUCUUCUCCCGACUUUGUCAACUACCUAUCAUUCCUACUACGAACUCCUCAGCCCCCCGCUGCCGUUGGCUUUGAUAUCAAGGGAUACAAUGUCGUCCGAGUAGCCGCUGCUAUGAACCUGAAGACAAAGAUAAAAGUGGCCUACCAGUCGAUACCUCCGGAUGCUUUAGCAUACUUACAAGCAGCAAGCUUGGUAGCCCUAGGAGACGAGUCUGCCCCUGUUGCAAACUCCGCCGGUACAAUCAUGGCAGAGAUGAUCAAACAGGGGGGAAUGUUAGGAUGGCCAACGCUGCUUGAGGAAUUAGUCUCGUUGGUAGGGAAUGCCUCAGCUUCAGUUCCAAGCCGUACUCAAGAGGCCGCAAUGACUGCACUGCAAAGAAUAUGCGAAGACAACCAUCGACUGCUACAAAAAGAGAUCCAAGGGCAACAACCCAUUCAUGCCAUUCUGCCUAAAAUAAUGGAGUUUACUGCGAGCUCUGUACCAAAGGUCAGGACCAUGGCUUUAUCAACAGCUCACAUGUUCAUCGCUCACAAAUCACCCGCACUCAUGCAAUCUCUGGAUACUUUCCUUCAGUGCUUAUUCAAGGUGGCAGAAGAUCCUAAUACCGACGUUCGGAGGGCUGUCUGUCAAGCCUUUAACCAAUUAGCAGAGGUUGCCCCUGAGAAAUUAAUUCCUUACAUUGAUGGGCUUGUCAACUAUGUACUGAUGCAGGAACAUAGCCAGGAAGACCCAGAACUGGUGUUAGAUGCUUCCGAAUUUUGGAUAGUUGCUGGAGAAGAGAAACAGCUGAGGUCAGCUUUGACACCAUACCUACCAAAGAUUAUCCCCGUCCUGCUGCAGAAUAUGGUUUAUGACGAAGAAGAGGCCGCUAUGAUUGCAGGGAAGGCAGACGACGCAGACGAACAGGACAGACCUGAAGAUCUAAAACCUCAAUUUGCAAAAGCAAAAUCUGACCGGUUGACUGGUGGAAAGGAGAGCGAGGAUACUUCUAAUGGUGAAAAGAAAGCGGCACCUGAAUCUGAGGAUUCUGAUGACGACGAUCUGAGCGAUGGAGAGAUCGAGGACGAUCCUGAAGAAGAGUGGACAAUAAGAAAGAGCUCUGCCACAGCUCUGGAUAUUUUCGCAACUGUAUAUCAUCAACCCGUGUUUGAGAUUGUUCUCCCAUAUCUUCGAGAGCACUUGAAGAACAUUAGCUGGGCCCAUCGCGAAGCUUCAGUACUGGCGCUCGGCGCCAUUGCUGAUGGGUGUAUGCUAACCGUCCAACCACACCUACCGGAGCUCGUUCCAUACCUAAUAUCACUCCUAACGGAUCCAGAACCAAUCGUGAGAAUGAUCACUUGUUGGUGUUUGGGUAGAUAUUCAGGCUGGGCUGCACACCUCGAACCCGCUGAAAAGGCUCGUUUCUUUGAGCCAAUGAUGGAGGGAAUGCUUCACCGUAUGUUGGAUAAUAACAAAAAGGUUCAAGAGGCUGCUGCAUCAGGCUUUAGGAGCUUGGAAGAAAAGUCUGGGCCCCAUAUCAUUCCUUACUGCGAACCCAUUCUUCGCCAGUUCGUGCUCUGUUUUGACAAGUACAAGGACCGAAACCUAGAUGUCCUCUACGACUGUGUACAGACUCUUGCUGAGUGUACAAUGUCCGAACUAGCAAAGCCUGCACUAGUGUCUAUCCUUAUGCCCUGCCUCAUCGGAAGAUGGAACAAAGCCGCGGAUGAAUCUCGAGAGAUAUUUCCACUCCUGGAAUGCCUCGGGUACAUAGCUAACGCUUACGGACAUGCGUUUACACCCUUUGCACCACCGAUAUUCAGCAGAUGCACCAAGUUGAUAUAUAACACCAUUAUGGAGUGCAACGCGUUAGCUAACGGCCAGACGGUUGAAGAGCCCAACAAGGACUACUUCAUCACCUGCUUGGAUUUGCUCUCCGCUAUUAUUCAAGCUAUCGACCGCCAAAAAAGCGAGGAACUUGUAGCAAGCACUCAGCCAUCCUUCUUCCAACUUCUUGCCUACUGCCUUCAAGAUCCAUACUAUGACGUAGGUAUGUCAGCGUAUGCAGUCCUUGGUGACUGUGCAAUGGUCCUCUUUGAACAGCUACAGCCAUACUUGCCUACAAUAAUGCCUGUACUUCUAAAGCAGCUUGACCUGGACCAAUUGGCUGAUGAGGACUCAUCAACUGGGUUAAGUGGUGGUAAACAUGCCUGCUGGGCGUGUGGGGAGAUAUCCAUAAAUGCAAAAUCCAGCAUGGCCCCUUACGCAGAGAACCUCUAUACCCUACUAUACGCCAUUAUGAUCAACGAAGAGAUUCGUGAUUCUGUCACCGAGAAUGCUGCUAUUGCGUUGGGACGUCUAGGAAUAGGAUGUGCUGAGCAAUUAGCUCCUCGCCUAGCGCAGUUUGCACACUCUUUCCUAUUAAUCAUGGCAAACGUAGAGUUUUCAAGAGAGAAGGUGGGUGCCUUCGCAGGAUUUAACCAAGUCCUUAAGCAAAACCCCCAGGCACUGGAAUCUUGUCUACCCGAUUAUUUCAGCGCCGUUGCAUCAAUGACGGACAAACCUUUCCACGCCCCCGAAUUUGACGAUUUAGAUCAGUCCACCAGACAAGUUCUUCAGGGCUACAAGGAGCUGAUCCCCGACUUUGCAGGCUUCCUAGGAACCCUGGAUCCAAAUGUGGCCUGGAGGCUUCAGACAGCCUACCAAAUAUAA